AUCGCCCAUGUCUAUGGCUUGCGGCAAGCCCGGGAAUGGCGAGUUACACUGCGGCAUACGUUCAUCCGAACCCACUGGGUCCUGCCCUACCCCAGUGACCGCUCAUUCUGGUCCCGUUCAUCUGGCACGCCCGGUCGGAACAAACUGCAGACCUGGCUCAGUGGCCACCCCGGGAUAGCGAGCUUCUACAGGGAUACACCUGACAAGAUCAGUGAUCGCACUCCGCCAGCAGGGCCGCAGCGAGUGGUUAUCUCACCCCAGGAGGUGCCAGCCCUUCCGGUAUCUGGUUGGCAGCGAUCGGAGCAGCCCAUGCCACUUGAUGUUGCCCUACCCGGUAUCCCGACUGAUCUGGAUGAGUAUCUUGCCGCGCUGCCUGAGCCGGUAGACACAGAAUCCACUGCGGCUAUCCCGUUUCCCGUGAUCGGGGUGAUGGAUGGGCCGAUACAUCGCCAUGUUCUCGCUGAGGCCCCAGAACGGAAGGAACUGCGUCACUAUCUUACCCGCAAUAACACCACCAUCAACCAUAUCCAUAAUGACCCAAGAUGGCUGCGAAAACAUCUCCAACAUUACCUACAAGCUCUUGCCGCCGCAGAACUCCAGCAAGCCUCUUACCUGACAGUCCCACGGUUAAAGCGCGCGGACAUUGCCCAUAGUAAACCACCUUCUUCUCCUAACAGACUCCCUGAAGUCCUGGAAGAGGACUCCGAUGAGGAGAGUCUUAAGUACAAACAGCAGCGCGCCGUACGCAAGCACCGGAUUCACAAGGCAAAGCUACAGGAUGUGCAGCGUCUUGUCAAUUCUUUCUAUAAGGAAAAGGAACAUAUGUUGCAGCUCCGGGAGAAGAGUAUGAGCCAUGGUCCAUGGGAUGAAGAGGUUGUACCGGAAUAUCGAAUAAUGCGUGCGCGUCAACGGCAGGUGUGCUCCUUGCUAACUCGGAUUUCUAAGCAAGUUCUUGAAGAAGUGUAG